AUGGACGACGACGUUCGGCCGCAGGUGAAGAAGGUGGCUGUGGCCAUGGGCGCUUCCCUCACCGAGCAGGACAUCGACCGCAUGCCACGGGAGAUGAGAAUGCAUGGAAACUUCAACUCCAGCAGGUUUCUGGAGUACAUGAGGCAGUUCAAGACCUCUGAGCAGAGAGGCCAUCAAGAAGGAAAAAAUGAGUACUUGUUCCAGCUGACCACGUUCCCCUUUAACGGAUACAUUCUGUGGACCGUUCCGACUGCAGCAGCAUCAGCUCCUCUUGAUGACGAGGCGGAGGCCACGAUGCAGGCGGUCGACACCGAUGAAGACGGACGCAUCGACUACAGAGAGUUCUCAGACAUGGUGAAGAUGGAGAAGAAACCAAAGAAGUAA